GGCGGGGCUUGAGUUCGCUGGCAGCGCGAAGCUCGACGCGCCGUAGCUUAGCGCCACGCGCCGCAGCUUAGCGCCACACGCCGCAGUUUAGCGCGACACGCCGAAGCUUAGCGCGCCGCGCCGCAGCUUAGCGACGUCGCUUCUAGCCCACGCUUCUGAACUAAGCUUUCGCGAGAUCAACUCGGCUGUACCGCCUUCGCUCGCAACUCGGCCCACCUGCUGUCGGAAGAAUCAGGGCCCUAUCCGGCCGCCGUAGCCGCCGGUCUGUAGUGGGCGGGGCCUAGGCCGGGGUGACCCCGCCGGAGCCGCCGCUGCCAGCGACAUGUUCAAGGUAAUUCAGAGGUCCGUGGGGCCAGCCAGCCUGAGUCUGCUCACCUUCAAAGUCUAUGCAUCACAGAAAAAGGACUCACCGCACAAAACUUCCGUGAAGGUUAAUGAGCUCUCACUCUACUCCGUUCCCGAGGGUCAAUCUAAAUAUGUGGAGGAGCCAAGGACUCAACUUGAAGAGAGCAUCUCACACCUCCGACAGUAUUGUGAGCCAUAUACCAGUCGGUGUCAGGAAGUGUACUCCCAAACUGAGCCCAAGAUGCAAAGUUUGGUUCAGUGGGGGUUAGACAGCUAUGAAUAUCUCCAAAAUGCACCUCCUGGAUUUUUUCCAAGACUUGGUGUUAUUGGGUUUGCUGGCAUUGUUGGACUCCUUUUUGCUAGAGGUUCUAAAAUAAAGAAGCUGGUGUAUCCACCUGUUUUCAUGGGAGUAGCUGCCUCUCUUUAUUAUCCACAACAAGCCAUCGUAUUUUUCCAGGUCAGUGGGGAGAAAUUAUAUGACUGGGGUUUACGAGGAUACAUAGUCAUAGAAGAUUUGUGGAAGAACUUUCAAAAGCCCGGAAAUGUGAAGAAUUCACCUGGAAAUAAGUAGAAUACUCCAUGUUCUGCCCAUUUUAAUCAGUUAUAGGUAAACGUUGGAAACUCCAUACACUAAACCAGUAUUUCUACAGAAAAAUGGAAUAAAAGUCAGUAUUGAAUGUAAUAAACUGGCUCUUCUUCAGGAAAAA